UGCGGGCGAGGCUACACGGGGCCCUUUGUCUGUGUGGCGCUGGGCCCGCGCCGCCCACGCGCCGCGCUCUCGACGCGAUUCGCGCCGCAGAUUCGCGCCCGCCGUGCGCCGUGACCAGCAAACUCGAGCCGGCAGACUGGCAACACAAACCAGAGGCGCCUGUAUCAUCCCGCAGCAACACGUCGCAGCAGAGCGUCUUUCAAGAUAUCGGAAGGGACUGUGAUGCCAGCGUAGCGGCAAACUGGCAUUCUGCUGAUUUGGCGUCUUUCCCCCGACGGCCGGACACACUCGCAGAAGCUAUGGAGGCCUUGGACAUGAUGUUGGCCGGGGAGCCUAUGGAGGAUGACGAGGAGGAAGAGGAGGAGGAAGAGGAAGGAAACGGCCAAGAAGAUGGCCUUUGUGAGGAGGACGACGAGACGGACGAGGAGGAGGACGACGACAAUGAGCAGGAGUCGUGUGGGCCGGCCAUGGAGGAGUGUCUGCUGGCCGGGGAGCUGGUGAGCCUGCCGGAGACGUUGCUGGAGAGCCCGGAGCUGUGGGCCGAGGUGCUGUCGGCCGACACGUGGCGCGAGGCCCUGUCGGACGCGGAGCGCGCGCGACUCUGGGCGCUGCUGCCCUCCUUCCCUGCGGAGGAGGCGGAGAACCGCCACGCCACCCUGCGCGCCCUCUUCUCCGGUGAAAACUUCCGGUUCGGAAAUCCGCUAGAAAGCGCUCAGCGCAUGUUCCAAACGGGCUUCUUCAGCCCCGAGGUAGUGCACUACAGGGCCCUGUGCCGCAAGGCGCAGUACAAGCGCUACCUGCGGCUGCAGCAGCAGCGCACGCGUGGCCUACUGCGCGAGAUCCUGCUAUCUCGCCACGAGCUGCUGCAAGCCGCCGCGCGGCAUCAGCCCGCGGACUCGCUCAAGCGCAAGCGCCGGCUGGAGAGGCAGGCAGGCAGAGAGGGUGCCGAGGCCAGGGAGGAGCGGGUGAGGAAGCGGUUUCGCAACAUCCUCAAUGAAAUUCGGGAGGAGUGCGGCGACCCCAAUCCAUCUUCAGAUGAGGAUGAAGAAGACCCACAGCUGCGAAGAGGAACCAGGAGCCCGGUCUCCACCACCGCCGCAGCACCGCGAGUCCUCCCUACUCUGUGCACACAGGACAUGAAGACGCUGGACAGGGAGGAGAUGGGGGACGAGGGGAUAAAGUCAUUGAUGAAGAGUCACCUGGCCAGACGGAAGAUUCACCCGGACGAUCCGGCCCUGGACACGAGCGAGCUGACCCUCGGCGACAUCCUCACGCGCAUGAACGUGCCCAACAAGAAGGGGGGCGGAACCAUUUCGGAGUUUGCGGGGCUCGUGGUGCCGCGGCGCCGGAUGAAGGAGGAGAAGCGCCGUCGGGGAAAAAUCAAGCAGGAGGGCGACGUCGCUGUGGAGCAGCCGUCCGUCUCUCCAGACGGGAGCUGCCCGGUGCAGGAGGCAGAGCUGCCCUCUGUGACGCCCAAGGCGGAAGUGCCGGAAGACCUGUGGACCUCGGAGAGGGAUGGGAACGCUCCUUCGUGUUUCUUCGGCCUCCUCCGCAAUCUUUUCCUGCCGGACGGAAAAGCCAACUCGGCGGCACUGGAAGAGGGUGUAUCUGCGUUCUUAACCUCUCCAGCUGCUCAAAGCACCGGCUGGGUUCUCGCGGGGCAGAACUGGCAAGAGCUCGUGCCGUCUUCACUGCAGUUCCUGGCCGGAGACGCCAGCAUGACGCUGCCUUCGUUGCCCCCAAAUUUCGCUCCCUAUGUCGACUACAAAGACAGACUGCAGCAGUGGAAGUGGAUCGGCGGCGGCCGCGACUCGAACGGUGAAAUGGAGGUGCUGUGCCAGCUGUGGUUGGAAACGAAAGAUCAGAGCCGGUCAAAAGAGCGCGAGGAGGGCGAAAUCUUGCCGCCCACGCCGCGGGUGAGGACCGACUACGUUGUGCGUCCGAGCACCGAGGAGGAGAAGAGAGUCUUCCAGGAGCGGGAGCGGCAGCGCUACAGCCAGCCGCACAAGGCGUUCACCUUCUGCAUGCAUGGCUUCGAGUCGGUGGUGGGGCCCGUGAAGGGCGUGUUUGAUAAGGAGACGGCACUGAACAAGGCCCGGGAGCACUCCCUGCUGCGCUCAGAUCGUCCCGCCUACGUCACCAUCCUGUCCCUGGUUCGAGACGCGGCGGCGCGACUGCCCAACGGCGAGGGGACGCGCGCCGAGAUUUGCGAGCUUCUCAAGGACUCGCAGUUUUUGGCUUCCGACGUCACCAAUGCGCAGAUCAACACCGUCGUGAGCGGCGCCUUGGACCGGCUGCACUACGAGAAGGACCCCUGCGUCAAGUACGAUAUCGGCCGCAAGCUGUGGAUCUAUCUGCACAGGAACCGCAGUCAGGAGGAGUUUGAAAGAAUUCACCAGGCGCAGGCUGCAGCGGCGAAAGCCAAGAAGGCGUUGCAGCAGAAACCCAAGCCGCCGGGCAAAGGGAAAUCCGGCUUUAAGGAGAUACCGAUGCUCGUGCCUCCCGAGGGAAACGCGAGCUCCCUGGAACCGUCCACGCCCCCCACGCCGACCUUGAGCACCACGUCGUUCGCCGCGGUGUCGGCACACGCGGCCAUCUCAAAGAUCAUCACCCCCAAGGUGGAGGAGAACGAGAAGGCUCAACCGGAGAGCAAGGCUGAACCGAGCUUGCAGGGACCGAGUCCUCUUUGCCCGAGCCUCCCGGUAAUGCCACAGAUAAGCGGCCUCAUCAAGUCGCCACAGACGCCAUCAUCGGAACCGCUUCCGGUCAAGAAGCUGAUCCCCCCGACGCCGACGGCGCAGCAGCUGGUGGCGUCGCAUCACCCAGAAGUCAACGCGAGGGCUCCGGCGCCGGACACGCCGACUCCGCACACCUCCCGCACGGUGAUCAUCGUCACCUCGGCAGCCCCCUCCACGCCGGCCCCGGCUGCGCGCGUUUCCACGGCGACCGUCACCGUCUCCGCGGUGACAUCCCCGUCCGUGGCAACGGUGUCCAUUGCCAGCCUGGCCGCCUCCGUGGCCCUGCCCGCGCCCACAUUUGGCGCGGCCAUCUCUGCGCCGCUCACGGUCGUCUCCAAGGGGCUGGCGGGCGCAUCCGUGCACUCCGCCACCCCGGCCACGUCCGCCGCGUCGGCCGCCGUCUCCAAGGCGACGCCGUCCACGCCCGUCAUCGUCUCCGUGACGGGCACGGGGCCGUCCGCGCAGCUCAAGACGCAGACGGUGGUGAGGAAGGUGUCCCUGGGCGCGGGCAAAGGGGUGACCGCGUCGAAUCUGCGCAUUCAGGGUAAGGACGUGACGCCGCUGCCCCUGAGCACCGUGUCGCUGCCCCGGGGGCAGCAGGUCACCCUCACCACCGCGCUGGCCGCGCUGCCCCGCACCCAGACUGUGCUGCGCCUGCCCCACGAAAUGGCCGCCGCUCUCUCCAAGGGGCAGCUGACCACUCUGAAGGUCACCCCCGAGCUGCUGUCCUCGCUGGGGGUUAGUCGGGGCAUGUCCGGCACAGCCGUGCUCUCCCCGCAGGGCAUCCUAUCGUCGGCCACGGUCAUCAAGGCGACGCCGGAAAUGCCCGACCUGGAUUCCUCGCCCGGGGCCGCCGUGAAGAUGCUUCCUCGCCCGGGGCUUGCCGAUCCAAAACCCGGCGUAGGACUUUUCCCCGCGAGCGGCGCCUCGAGCGCCGCCACGCUGUUGAAGUCCGUGACCGUCUCUUCCCUGGCGGGCCUCGGCCACGCGCAGACGUUUCUGCGAGCGGCCAUCUCCACGGCGUCGGCACCGGCGGGCGUCGUCAAGUCCAGCUUCGUGUCUUCGGGCGGCAUAACGUACAGCACCCCGCCGCACGCCAGGUCCACCGUCACCUCCUCGGUGCUCGCCACGCAGCCCAGUCUGGGCGGCGCCGGGCCGGCCACGGGGAUAUCGGGAGGCGUCGCCAAGCCGGGGGCGGGGACGGCCGGCAUGCGGGCGAUGCCCGAGCUGGGCAUCAUCGUCGGCGCCGGCGAGGCGCGGGCGGGCGACAACGCCAAGCGGGCUCCCACCGUCACGUCCGCGCGCGGCCCCCUGGGUGCGGCCGGCGCGGCCGUCGCCAGCUUGGCGUCCAUCGGCCUCAGGCCCGCCCACGUCACCGCCACGGUGGUGUCCCACGCGCCGUCGGCCAAGGUGACGGGCACCAUCACGCUGCCCAUCUCGAACCUGCAGGUGCUUGGGCAGCACGGCCAUGCCAAGGGGGGGCUCAUCACCGCAUCGGCGAUUCUUAAGGGCAGCCUGCCCACCUCCGGCCUCGGGGGCCUGGGCCGCAACAUCAUCCUCACGACGAUGCCGGCCGGCGCCAAGCUGCUGCCGGGACACAAGCCGGUGAGCUACAUCACGCAGCAGCAGCUGCAGCAGCUGCAGCAGCAGCAGCAACAGCUGCAGCAGCUGCAGCAGCAGCAGCUGCAGCAGCAGCAAGUGCGCAUUCAGCAGCUGCCACAGGGCACCGUGGUGUGCCCCGCCGUCUCCAUGCCAACCGUCGUCAUGACCACCGAGUCCUCCACCGACAAACAGCCGCCGGCACAGCUGCACAGUGCGACAGCGCCGCAGCAGCAGCAGCAGCACAUCACCAUAGUCACGCAGGCACAAGCAGCACAGCCAACGCCAGCUCAUCCAGCGCAGCACAGCAAGGAGAAGUCGUAGCUUCGGUGGCGCGUGUAAUGCCCUGCACAGAUCAAGUUAUGUGUAGCAACUGGGAUGCUGCCGGAGUGUAAUGGCUUGCACACUGGGCUUGAAAUCCAGAAGUCGCCGCUUUGAUCUCCCGACACGGCAGUUGAAACAAUGGGAAAGGUUUAUUAAAAUCCCCCCUGUCCCACCGCCGCCGCCGCCGCCUUUGUCAAUGCAACAGUCCCUGAGCAGUCGAUCAGAAAGUCACGUGUUGGUGUGAAGUGUGGGUACUGCCAGCUCUUCCAAAAUGGAUGGCCAUCAUGGAAGAUUCGGGGCUGUCUGGAGCUCCCUCUAGUGGAGGCCCUUCUGCCAACAGUGGACACGAGCAAGCAAUUGCGGGGCUGCACUUUCAGCUUUUACAGCAACAGCAGUUGUGGAGUGGAAGAGCGAGUGACGCAGGAUGUAAAAUGAGGGCAGCGCUUGGCAGUGUGAGUGCAGACACCACCUUAAUGGCUGGCAAAAUGUAGAAAAUUCUUUGUCCAAAAUAACAAUUAUAUUGUUUGUUAUAUUUAUUUUUUUGUUUGUAUUCCUCUCUGAACUCUUUCUCUUUGAAAUGAACAUUGCCAAAUCAUGUUACACAUAUUUGGGCAUCAAAGCCAGUCUGGAUUAACCGGUACAGCACUUGCAUAGAUGGUGUUCUUUCAAAGUUACCUUUGCUAAGGGAAGAGCGGAUACGUUGAUGUGGAUGUUAAGCGAUAUGGGUGCUCAACUGUCAGAUCGGCCAAGGCUGGCUGGUAGUUGUGUUUGUUUUUUCUGCACAUCUGUGUCAUCCGUUGUGUAGUUCUGCAUUGCCUAUGCCAGGGCACCUAUGCAAAAUAAAGAUCGCUUUCAAUUUUACCUGCAGAGUAACAUUCCGAACUGAUGUCGUGUUGCACGUCUCGGUCAGCAGAGAAUGUGUGGACCUAAACAUUGGUUGCGGAAUACUUCACACGGCACGUGUCGAGGUUGCAAGUGACCCGAUCCUUGCAACAGAGUUGAACCCGUAAAACUGUCAGAUUUCUUAAAACAUAACUCGCGUCCGUUGUACAGAACAAUCGUUUCAAAAUCAUCUCGGAAACCCUUUCAAGUAAAUUCUAGUUGUGCACUAAAUGACUAAAAUACAAUACAUUUGGAAUAAAAAAUGUGCAGUAAUUUUAAGUUUGGAUGCAAUCACUUGACUUUAACAUUCCUCGUGUUCCAACUGUUUGCUGUUUGGCCAACUUGACAUGUCCAUCGUAAAAUGUCAGUGCAUAUUGGACUCCGCUGUGGUUUGGAGGCUGGUUCAUAUUGGUUUUUAUUUACAACCCUGUGUCAAUGCACUGUUAGAUGAAGGCCUCCCCAUGUCACGGUAGUUAUGGAGGUUUUUUGACCAUACUUUACCCUACUGGCCAGUGCAUGUUAGUGAAUGUGGGAAGGUCGGGGCCAAUUCAGAUAUCACUCUCGCGACUGAUGACAGCCGUGGCCGGGAAUCCACAUCGGGUUACAGGGUUCGUAGUGCGGCGCACGAACCGCACCAUUACGUUUAGGCACGGUCAAACAAAGCCACAGCCAAGAGGCAUCGCGAGCCCUUCAUCCAGCGGUGGAUUGACAAAGGGCUGUUUCAUAUUCCACACGAGAAAUUACCAUCUGCCCUGUGUAGCCUCAUGAUGCAUAUCCUAACGUGUCGUUUAUUUAGCAUGUCCGCUUUAGAAUUACAACCGUUGCUUUUGCUGUAAAUUCCUCCAAUUGCUGUUGCCUUAAGGGUGCUGCUGUUUCUGCGCGGAUUGCUCAGUAAA